AUGGCUCCUCACAGGUCUCAGCCGAUCCCCAUUCACAGGUAAUUCAAACUUUUUCUCAAUCAGUUUCCUGUUCUUUGAAACGUGAUAGCUUUGUCUUGCUUCUCUGGAAAGUCGUUCUGCUCGAAACUUUUGACUUUCUGGAAAUCUUGCUCACUCAAUGCUCAAAAAUAAGCUCAAUCGGAUCAGCCCCUUACUUUUUUAAGCUUCGAGGGCAAAGCCUUUGAGUACAGAUUAGGUAUCAGCGUAAAAAUACAGCUAGUGAGCCUAAACUCCUUCAGAAUUCCCUCUGAGAACUUCUCUAGUCAUUUUGAAGUUUCAGAAGAAAAUAUAGCGAGCUUCCCACUGAAUAAUCCUUUUUUUUUUGAGUCCGGGGGCUCCAAAAAUCUUGCCAAACAGUCUUAAAAAAGAAAAAACUCUGAAUUUCUCAAAAAAAAAAAAUAGUUUGAGCAUCCUGACAAGGCCCGACUUUCAUUAUUGAGAAAAAGCAUGAGUCUGCAGAUAACUUUUUGAAUUUCGAAUCUUUUUCAAGUUUUAGGUACGCUGUUAGUUUGGAUCUGUUAUAGUCGAAUGUUUUCAACUUUUUUUUCUCGUUUUGAAAGAAUCCGAACGCCGUUUUCCCUUAUCUGUGAAUUGAUUAAAUUUGGAUAAGAUUUAUUUCAUCAGAAUCCAAAUUCAGAGACUUUUUUUUUCAAAAUUUUUUUUUCGAUGAAAAAUUAGAAAAAUUUUCUUGAAUUUCAUUUUUCUGUGACUCCUGAUGUUUGUCCUUUCUACUUGCCAAAACCACAACCUUAAUAAUCUGGACAUUUUGAGUGAUUUAUUGAUUAGCUGAUUAAAAUAAUAUUUUUCUCACUUAAAUGGGGGGUCCAAUUCUGUACCGUAAUCACAUAAUUACAUCAGAAACUGUUUUUUUAAGAAAUUUUGAAUGACUUUUUUUCUAGAAGAAGCGAUUCUUUGAGCGAACUUCAAUGGAAAAAAAUUAGUAGGUAUCGAAUUUCAGCCUUGAAUCAUUUUUUUUUCGGGGAAAAAGAAAACACCAAAAUGUUUACACGAUGUACUCACAAAAAGACGUGGUUUUGAUCAAACAUCUUUCUCAAUUUUUUUUUUUUGAUCAAUUUAUUUUUAACUCAAUGUUUUUGUAACUGUUUAAAAGAUUCUUUUUCGACAUUUUCUUUGAAUUAUAUAUUUAUCGAUUAAACAACAAAAUUGACUUAAUUUAACUUCCCAAGAAACGGGAAACUUAAUUUAUUUUUUAUUGGCAAGAUUUGAGAUUCGUAAAGUUUUUUUUUUCAAGAGCUUCAAGACCAAUUUUCAAAAUAAGUCACAAAGACGAUGAAAAUAAUCAAUAAUUAGUAAAAUUUAUGAAAAUCUACAAUUCCUCAGUUUUUUCAAAAUUUGUGGUAUAUAUUCGGUCUUAUCUCAUGUUGAACUGCUUGAAAUUCAGUUUUCAAAAAAAAAUCACUAUUUCUUUUCUCAGAUCGGCGUCCCACACGCCAUCUAUGCUUGUGAAUGCCAAAAAGUACCUGUCCGACCGACCACAGCUUCUCGACUGCCCUCGAUGCAAGGUGAGGCGUUGAAAACUUUGAAAACUUGGAUUUUUCGGGAGCCACUGACAAAAAUCGAACUGGAAUAGUCACGGUGUUUCAAGUCGUGACGAAAAAAGUUUGAAACUUACAAACUUGUUAGCAAACAUUUGUAAAUUUUCCAGAGGAUCGACUAUACUUUACAACAGUUUUAUAUCUUUUUCUAGUCGAGUUUGUUAUUAUUUUCAUUAUAAAUUGGCUUGCCAUGAACUUUCCCUGUCCUAUUUGGAUAUUUCUGUUGUAAUUCUGAUCUGUUAUUUUUUCAGCAUAUUUUCAAUCGCAUUGAUUUGCAUAACUAUCCGCCACAAACCAAGACCUCCUGGUCGCAUUUCGACUCAAAGCGUUGCGGUUCAAAAAAAUGUUGCUUUAACCAAGUCAAAGUAUUUUUUUUUUGAGAAUAAUAUUGAAAAACGCGGAAAAAUAUUUUUUGCGGAGCAAGAAUUCCGCCCAUCUCUGGUACGCUUCGCAGCCGUUACGCGUUGAGUCAUUCACAUUGCGACCAUUUUUUGCCAAGUUGGGAAUAUAGAGACUUCUCAUCCUAUGAAAAUCUUUCAAGCACAAUAAGGGAAAAGCUAGAAACACGAAAAGAUGUUUUGAAAUCGAUUCAGAAUACUUCUGCAGUCUGAUGCGGAUUUCCCUAGCCAAUUCAUUUUGAAUAUAUUUUUCCAGCAACACGGAGAAACAGAGUUGCGAUUCGUCAACGGCUUCUUCACCUACGUCGCCUUCCUCGUCAUUCUCGUCUCGGGAAUCUUCGUCCUGCCGCUUUUCUUCCUUUGGGUGAGUGGCCAAAUAUCUGAGGAUCACCGAAUCUUUUUUUGCUUACCAUAGCUGGCUUUAUUCAACAUUAUUCAUAUUAUUCCGAGUGGUUUUUUGAGUAGCUAAACUGUAAGUAUUUUUCAAAGGUUAGUAAAAAAAUGUUCAAAAAAACAGAAUAAUUCGCUGAAUUUUUCCGACUCUCCUCGCUUUUUAUCAUUUUUUUGAAAGAGUUGUUGAUUUUUCCUUGAAAUUUGUUUCGAUCCGACCUUUUUAUUUUUUUAAAGCAGUCAGUUUUUUUAAAAAUAUAUCUGUAAUAUCUGAAAAAAAUUCCGAAUGCUUCUUUUUUUUGCAUAAUCUUUUUGUCUAGUUGCAAGCUACACUUUUGAACUUUCUCAAAUUUUAGUUUUUUUCUCUCCAUUUUUUUCGCUUCACUCCUAUUUUUUUAUAGUAGUUUUAUUAUCGGAUUUUUCUGCCAAUUAAAUUUUAUAAAAUUGAUGCGUGAGGUUUGAUUGAAAAAGAUGCGUUAAGCUCAUUUCUUCAAGUUUGUUAAUACAUUAUAUUUAUCAGAAAAAUGGACAUUUUAACUUUCAAAAAUGGUUAUCACUUAUCAAGUUUAUCUUUCAAAAAUUCUUGGAUACCUUAAACAUCAUAGAACUUUUUCAAAUCGGUCUAAGAUAUUUUUUUGCAACUCAUGAAAGCUUAUAAAUAUGGAAUCAUAAAACUCAAGAAUUUCCUUCCUUUCGUCCUUACUCAAGCUGCUUUUUUUCUCUGCGCCCUCCUUGUCUCUCGGCGACCUUCAAAUUUUGACGUGCUCUUUUAAUAUUUCUCUGACCUCGCAGGUGAGCGAACAGGGAGACGCAGACACCCGGAAACUUCCGGGGAACGGACUAUACCUUUUCCUUACUUUCAUUUCAAGUUAUUCACAUAAAAUUUCAAAUCUACAGGUUCCCUUCUGCGUGGACACCUUCAAAGACGUCGAACACCACUGCUCCGCGUGCAAAGCCUGGAUCGGCACCUACCGACGCCUUGGCAAAAGCACUUAA